UCCUCAUUCCAUGCAGAUAGUAUUUGCUUGAUAAACAACAUAUCAUUCCUUUUUUCCUAGACACAUGUUUCUGCAGUCUCAUAUAGGGAAGUUUUCCCUUCCAUUAAUACUUGAUUUUACCAGAAAUAAAAAUAAAAAAUUUACAUCAUUUAUGUCUUACAUCACAAUGCAUGAAUGAAGUGCUUACCUCUGAUUUUUUGCUCUCUUCAAUAGCAGACGCAAUGAAAAUAUGCCCAUGACAAAAGUCUGCCAAAACCACCCUCUUGAAUUACCAGGAUCCACCCGUUUUGCCAAGAACCAUGCAUAUAUAGCCUCGAAAAGAUGUGCUGCUAUAGUGAGAAUUGAUACCAUCCUUAGCACUAACAUUGACCGGAAGAUGAAAAGAAGAAUUGCUUUAAUGAGGGAUAAAGGUGCUAUGGCAGGUAACCAUGCAACAGCAAACACUGCAAUCAUUGCUGUCACCACAAAAAACCAAGUAUAUAUUGUAGGCCCAUCCAGAGUUUUCCUUUUUCUUUCCUGCCAGUAUGAGAUGGUUGCAGCCAUACCCUCACGAGGACUUACCAUGGGAACAUAGCCAAGCUCCUGUUGUGCUUUA